AUGUCCUCUCAAACCGCACCAGCUGGUGACUCUGCUUUGCAUAACUUUCGGCCCCCAACCAUCGUCCAACCACUUCACAAUAGCAUCCCCCCGGAGCUGCUCCCACGGUAUGACCCAACCUACGUCGCAUACUAUAAUGCAUUCAAUGUCGGUCGACUGCAUACACACGAGGUCCCCAUUGAAGACUUCCGCAAGGACCCUGGCCGUUAUACCACUUCCUACGGCCGAGCUCCCGGCCCUGAUAUAUUCCGCAUCACGGAGCAGAAAUGUCCUGUCGAUGGUGGUGAAAUCACCGUACGGAUAUUUGAGCCAGCACCCCAGCUUGACACCCAGGGUAAACCGAAGAGGAGAGCGGCCUAUGUAAACUUCCACGGUGGUGGUUGGGUCUUUGGUGGACUAGCAUACGACCACGAUUUCUGCAAGCGAGUUGUCCAUGGACUUGAUGGAGACCUUGUUGCGUUUGACGUGGACUACCGCCUGGCCCCUGAGCAUAAGUAUCCCAUUCCAUUGAAUGAUUGUUGGACCGCUUUCAAUUGGAUUCGCUCCCAGAAAGCGACUGAGUUCAAUUUAGACCCAGAUAGGUUUGCAGUGGGCGGUGUAUCAGCUGGAGGCCACCUUUCGGCCGUCAUCAGCCAUCUCUGCCGUGAUGCAAGCAUCCCUCUGCGCUUGCAAAUCCUGACCGUGCCGGCGACAGACUUACACCGUGUUUUCACUCCCGAGGGCGAGUUUGACCGCGAAGGUUGUCCCUACGAAUCAUACCGGGAGAUGGAAUUUGCACCUGCGCUGCCAGUGGCGCGCAUGGCAUACUUCCACCGACAUUUUCUAGGAGUUCCUCGACCGAUGGAGUCUAACGAGGAUUGGAAGAUAUCGCCCAUUCUCGCACCGAAUUUCCAGAACUUGGCUCCUGCGUUGGUGUCUACGGCGGAAUUGGAUCCGCUGCGCGAUGAAGGAGAGGCGUAUGCAGCUAAGCUUCAAGCUGCUGGGGUAUCUGUAGAGGUAGACCGGAUUGCAGGUGCUCCACAUGUAUUCGCUUCACUCGAUGGAAUUCUGGAAGGAGGUCAGCGAUAUAACAGGAAGGUGAUUGCGACAAUGAAGCGGGAGCUUCGAAGGGAUGAGAGUUCAACCCUAGCAGAUAAAUAA